AGAAAAAGGAACGAGGAUUCCAUCUAAGCGUAACGGGGGCACUAGGCGGGGAGAAGAGUGGAGAUUUCACCUGGCACGGGGCAGCGGUACCCGGAGCUUACUAGGACGGGCUUGAGCACCAGAGAGCCUGGCAUCCCCGCAGCCACGACCUGGGCUCUACCUGAGCCGAGAACACAGCAUAGCUCCUGGACCUUGCCUGGCACAGGCCUGGCACAAGAAGCAGUGCCCUCACCUGUCUGAGACCGGGCCUGGGAUCCGAGGGCCCGGAAUCUGGCCUGGCCCAAAGUGGGGCUCUCUUGCCCCAGAGCUGGUCACUGGGGAGCUUGCCUCCUGCCCCAGCCCCACUGGUACGGAUGUGCCACUGCUGGCCGGAGCACCAUGACAGCAGGAUGACCUCAGCUGAGGCAGUGGCAGUGGCUGACAGUGCUCGGGCGUCUGGGUCCCCCGAGUGGCCCCCCGACACCCCCCAGGCCCUUGGGCGGCCUGGCCGGGCCCGGGUGGCCAUGGCAGCACUAGUGUGGCUGCUGGCAGGAGCCAGCAUGUCAAGCCUCAACAAGUGGAUUUUCACGGUGUAUGGCUUCGGGCAGCCCUUGCUGCUCUCAGCGCUGCACAUGCUGGCGGCAGCGCUGGCAUGCCACCGGGGGGCACAGCGCCCCAUGCCCGGCCGCGCCCGCCGCCAAGUGCUGCUGCUCAGCCUCACCUUCGGCACCUCGAUGGCCUGCGGCAACGUGGGCCUGAGCGCUAUGCCCCUGGACCUGGCACAGCUGGCUACCACCACCACACCACUGAUCACGCUGGCCCUGUCGGCGCUGCUGCUGGGCCGUCGCCAUCACCCACUGCAGUUCGCCGCCAUGGGACCCCUCUGCCUGGGGGCUGCCUGCAGCCUGGCUGGUGAGCUCCGGACACCCCCCGCUGGCUGUGGCUUCCUGCUGGCGGCCACCUGCCUCCGUGGCCUCAAGUCCAUUCAGCAGAGUGCCCUGCUGCAGGAGGAGAGGCUGGACGCGGUGACCCUGCUGUACGCCACCUCGCUGCCCAGCUUCUGCCUGCUGGCGGGUGCAGCCCUGGUGCUGGAGGCUGGUGUGGCACCGCCGCUCGCUCCCACCGACUCCCGCCUCUGGGCCUGCAUCCUGCUCAGCUGCAUCCUGUCUGUACUCUACAACCUGGCCAGCUUCUCCCUGCUGGCCCUCACCUCUGCCCUCACUGUCCAUGUCCUGGGCAACCUCACUGUUGUGGGCAACCUCAUCCUGUCCAGGCUCCUGUUUGGCAGCCGCCUCAGCACUCUCAGCUAUGUGGGGAUCAUGCUCACCCUUUCAGGAAUGUUCCUUUACCACAACUGUGAGUUUGUGGCCUCCUGGGCAGCCCGCCGGGGCUUCUGGCGGAGGGACCACCCUGGCAAGGGUCUUUGAGACCUGGGGGAGGGCAUGGGCCACCUGGGGCAGCCCCAGCCUGAAUCCAACCUUGGCCAGUGGCCAUGGGAAAAGUGGAGAGCAGGCAGCUGCUGGGGCCGGCGAGGGAGAGGGGCCUUCUGGAAGGGCCACCUUGGAGGCUGGAAUGGGGACUGCCAGUCCCAGAGAGACCUACCUCCUGUCCCCGCCUGUCUCUCCUCAUCACAGACCCCACUCACCACUGGAUGGUGGGUCUAAGCCUGGCGCAGUCACUGUGCUUAUUGGAGUAAUUAUUAUGAUUACUGUCAACUACUGUGUGGAAAAUUGCUGGCCAAACUUUGAAAACCUCACCGUGUUCUGAUGGCGACGAUGAUGAUUCUUGGCGGAUGCACAAUCCUUCCUCUAGGAAGUUGGGGAGGCAGCUAGGGGGCCCACGGAGGGGUUUCUUUGCUGCUGGGCUUCCCCAGGGAGUUGGGGUCAUCUGUGCCAACUCCAGGCAACUGCUGUGGCCUCACCCCUGGGCCCCCCAAUUUUGGGUCUUCCGUCCUCAAAUAAACUAUUUUUGCUUGUA